UACACGCUGACCAAUAGGAUCAAGCGCUGUUAUCGGCAGAAAAAAAAAAUCCCUACUGUCGCCAUGAUACAGCAGCGGAAACGGGUGCGAAGUAGCUAGAAAACAAAAGAGAACACGCAGUCGUCCUCGCGAUUUGGUAUGCUCUUGCAGUGUUAUAGGAAUGCCCAAGGAAAAAUAUGACCCGCCGGAUCCCAGGCGGAUGUAUACAAUUAUGUCUAGCGAAGAAGCAGCCAACGGGAAGAAAUCAUACUGGGCCGAGCUGGAAAUCAGCGGCCGAGUAAGGAGUCUCAGCACAGCCCUGUGGUCUCUCACCCACCUCACUGCCCUGCACAUCAGUGACAACUCAUUGUCACGCAUCCCGCCAGACAUUGCCAAACUACACAACCUAGUGUACCUGGAUCUCUCAUCCAAUAAGAUCAGGACCCUGCCGGCAGAGCUCGGCAACAUGGUGUCUCUCAGGGAACUGCUUUUAAAUAACAACCAGUUGCGGGUUCUGCCAUUUGAAUUGGGGAAACUGUUUCAGUUACAAACACUGGGGUUGAAAGGAAACCCACUUGCACAAGAAAUUAUGAGCCUCUACCAGGAACCUGAUGGCACGCGGAGACUGCUCAACUACUUGUUAGACAAUCUGGCAGGGGCUAUCAAGCGCAUACCAACAGAGCAGCCCCCAGCACGGUCGUGGAUCUCACUACAGGAACCAGACCGAACACGGGCCUCAGCACUGUUCUCUGUUAUGUGCUACAAUGUGCUGUGUGAUAAAUACGCCACACGACAGCUAUAUGGCUACUGCCCCUCUUGGGCUUUAAACUGGGAGUACAGGAAGAAAUCCAUCAUGCAGGAGAUAAUGGGCUGCAAUGCAGACAUCAUCAGUUUGCAGGAAGUUGAGACAGAGCAGUACUACAAUUUUUUCUUGCCUGAGCUGAAGGAGCAGGGAUACGACGGGUUCUUCAGUCCAAAGUCACGAGCCAGGACUAUGUCCGAGUCGGACCGUAAACAUGUGGACGGUUGUGCAGUUUUCUACAGGACGGAAAAGUUCAGUGCAGUGCAGAAGCACACAGUGGAGUUCAACCAGCUGGCCAUGGCUAACUCCGAGGGCUCAGAGGCUAUGCUGAACAGGGUGAUGACCAAGGACAACAUUGGGGUAGCUGUACUGCUUGAGGUUCGCAAAGAGAUGAUGGAGGCCUCAUCUGGAAAGUCACUCCAUGGCAUGGAGAAGCAGCUGCUCCUGGUAGCCAAUGCCCACAUGCACUGGGACCCAGAGUACUCUGAUGUCAAGCUGGUCCAGACCAUGAUGUUCCUGUCAGAGGUGAAGAACAUAGUGGACAAGGCCACACGCAGCCUCAAGUUGUCCUCUGUCUCUGGUGAGACCAAUGCCAUUCCACUGGUGCUGUGUGCUGACCUCAACUCCUUGCCUGACUCUGGCGUAGUGGAGUACCUGAGUACUGGUGGGGUGGACUGCACCCACAAAGACUUCAAGGAGCUUCGUUAUAGCGACAGCCUGACCAAAUUCAACUGCAACGGCAAGAGCAGCACGUCCAACGGCAGGAUCACCCACGCCUUCAAGCUGAAGAGCGCUUACGAGAACGGCCUGAUGCCUUACACCAACUACACCUUUGACUUCAAGGGUGUCAUCGACUAUAUUUUCUACUCUAAGCCUCACCUGAACGUGCUGGGUAUCUUGGGCCCUCUGGACCCCCACUGGCUUGUAGAGAACAAUGUCAGUGGCUGCCCACAUCCCCACAUCCCCUCUGACCACUUCUCCCUCUUCGGCCAGCUGGAGCUGCUCCUGCCCAACUUGCCCCCACAGGUCAAUGGGCUCCAUCUGCCUGCACGCAGGUAGUGAGUCCCUGCCACGCCACCAGGGGGAGUUGCAACCACAGCCUCGCCCUUUCAAACCCUCCUCCCUCCCACUACCAGCUCUUCCCUCCACCAUACCGGAGGAGGAAGACAAAUACACAACCUGUAAAAUAUUCGUACAGUGAGGUCUGGCCGACAGGGAUUUCGUAUGUUAUAGAUAUUCUAUAUUUUUCUUUCUCCGUUUUUCUUUUUUGUUAUUUUUUUAACUGCUCGAUUCAGUCCUGUUCAUGUAUCAUAUUUUGUGUUUUGGACACCCUUCCCUCUUCAAAUCCACCCACCCAACCACUUUGCUUCUGUCUUUCAAACUAGAGGGGAUGGUAGCUCAUUUAGAUCUCACACAUUUGGUUUUAGAACAAGGAGAAACUGAGAAAUGGCUGAGGGGACGACAUUCACCUUAAAAGCUCCAUAGCUGAUGGUCUGCCUGUCUGUCUGUCCUGUAUAAAUCUGAAACCAGCAAAGACAGCAGACUUGUCAGUCUCAGACAUCCAUCAUUGGCUUGUGCUUGUUUGCCUCUGUAGCCAGCUUACUUUCUCAGUCUUUCUAGGAUGCACACUUUUGUUGAGUCAGGUGUUGUUGGGUUAGAGCAGCUUUUCGCUAGUAGUUGAGCGUCCCUGGAGGUGGAUGUAACACAGCUCAUAUGUUAGAUUUCCUGCUGUCACUCUGUGGUGCUGAGGCCUUUUGUGUGGUCCUGGCCUCCCGUGGUGCUACAAGAUAGUCUACACCUCUGACCCCGGCCCUGGUGCAUUUGCUACCAAACCCACAGAUGCCUCAAGAACCAGAUGUCCGAGAACUACAUUUGCCCAAUUUCACAUGGGCUGUAUGUAGUGUUAAUUUGGGAGGGAAGGAUAUGGUGAGAAACUGAUAGCAGCUACCAUCCUGUUUGCAGACUGUUUGACCCCAGCUUUUGUAGUUGUUAGGCUAGUCUUGUGCUUAGGAGUUCAUGAGGUCCCCAUUUAUGGGCAUGGAUUUAGGCUGAUGGGCAAAGUGAUAUGGGGCCUUCACAAAUCGUUUUUUUAUUUUGAUUGCUUUAAGGCAGAGAGAACGAGUAAUUGCUGAUACACAGGAGUAAAACCAGCAUUCCUCUCACUGUCUGGAGUUGCCAUCCAACUCCACACAUGCAAGCUUGCUCACACGACACACACGACACACACGACACACACGACACACACGACACACACGACACACACGACACACACGACACACACGACACACACGACACACACGACACACACGACACACACGACACACACGACACACACGACACAGGUAAUUUGCAAGCAGAUCUGUAGCACUGUCUCCGAGGCCAGUAGUGACUUUCCCCAGCCAUAAAUUCCAUACACAAAAGCAGUGGUUUUUUUCACAAGUGUUUGUACAGAAUAGAAAUCUAGACUCAGUCUUUACAUGAUUGUAUAUGAACCACAAAAGACCGGUUUUCUGGCGUUUUUUGUACUAGAGUAAAUUAUGAUCAGAUUUGAAAAAAAGAUUGUAUUGUAAACUAUGGCUAAAUUUUUAUCCAGUUAAUGUUGAGAUGAAUUGAUAUUACCAGCUUGUACAAAAGACGUAAGAAGAGGUUGUUCAAGGCGUUCACUGUCACUACUUUGCACUCCCUAGAGAUUACCUGUAAUUAAUGUAUCAGUUUUAUUUUUAACCCCCCUGUUUUGU